AUACAGAGAUAUUCACUUUAAAAACCGAGGAGCUAGCUAGCAAAAAGCUUUAGUUCAUCAAGGCAUAUUAGUAUAUAUCUGGGGCGCAGGUAGGUUUAUCGGAUUAAGUCGACGUAAGAAGAAAACGAAGAUGGCAGCUAGAGUUGGAGUUUUUCAUAAUCAUAGUGAUCGGAAAACCAUCAUGAACUUCAACUUGGUGGUGAUACUAGUUCUCUGCAGUUUUGGGUCAGUCAAAGUCGAAGCUCUUUCAACUCGUCUUCCAUCUACUGAAGUGGAAGCCCUACGAGAAAUAGCUACACAAAUAGGAAAAAAAGAUUGGAACUUCAGCGUAGACCCGUGCCUGAAUGACACAACCCACACAAGCUGGACUACCCCCAAAUCUGUUGACACUCUAUUCAACAACACUCUCACUUGCAACUGCUCCUUCCCUGAUGGCUCAUGCCAUGUCAUCAACAUUAUUCUUAGAGGGCAAGAUCUUGCUGGUGUUAUUCCACCAUCUAUUGCGAAGUUACCCUACCUUACACAAAUCGAUUUCACAAGGAACUUCCUUAGUGGUAAUAUACCGAGUGAAUGGGCUUCUACAAAGUUGGAAUAUAUGUCCUUUAAUGCGAACAACUUAUCUGGACUAAUCCCUGCCUUCUUGGGAAACAUCACUACUCUAAAAUACUUGAACCUAGAGACUAACAUGUUUACUGGAACUGUUCCUCCUGAACUUGGGAAGUUGGUUAACUUGCAAAAUCUCAUUAUUAGUGCAAACAAUCUCACAGGAGUGUUACCAGUGAAUCUCACUAAUCUGAGCAAACUAACAGAAUUGAGGAUAAGCAGUAACAACUUAACUGGAAGAAUUCCAGACUUUUUCCGAAGUUGGAGUCAACUUAUAAAAUUAGAGAUCCAAGCUAGUGGUCUAGAAGGCCCCAUUCCGUCUAGCAUUUCUGUCUUGAGUAAUCUAACAGAACUAAGGAUCAGCGACUUAAACGGAGGGGGUUCAAUAUUUCCGAACUUGACUAAUAUGAAAAGCAUGAAAAGAUUAAUGCUGAGGAGCUGUAAUUUAUCAGGACCUAUUCCUGAUUUAAAAGCAAUGGCAGUAUUGAAUAAAUUAGAUCUCAGCUUCAACAAAUUGGAAGGAAGUUUUCCUGAUCUUGAAGCUAUGGCUCUGGAUCCGGACAAUUUGCAGUACUUGUAUCUGACAAGCAACUUACUCAAUGGCUCUAUUCCAAAUUGGGUUAAGAGCAAAGAUAACCGCUACCAGAUAGAUGUUUCUUACAAUAAUUUUUCCAAGGACUCUGAGCCAUCUACAUGUAGCGAAUACCUGAACGUUUUCAAAAGCUUUUCUGCACCAAACAUCAACUCAUUAUCUGGAGCGUGCCUGCAGAAAUAUCCAUGUACAAAAGUUCAGUACUCAUUGCAUAUAAAUUGUGGUGGAGGAGCGACCACCAUUGGAGGAGUCAAAUUUGAAGAUGAUACAGAUCUUGGAGGUGGAGCAAAAUUUGUUCCAGUGAGAGCUAACUGGGGAACCAGUAGCACUGGAGUUUUCUGGGAUACUAAUGUCACCUCUAAAGACUACAUAGCAAAUAAUGUAUCGAUACUUGGAAUGGAAAACUCUCAGUUGUACACUCAUGCACGCCUCAGUCCUCUUUCUCUCACAUAUUAUGCAAACUGCUUAGGAGAUGGAAAGUAUACUGUCAAACUUCACUUUGUGGAGAUAAUAAUCCGAGGCAAUAGAUCUUUUCAGAGUGUUGGAAGACGGAUAUUUGAUGUCUACAUCCAGGAGAAACUUGUAUGGAAGAAUUUUGACAUCGUAAAGGAAGCACCAGGGGUCGACAAGGUAUACAUUAUAGAAACAAAUGCAGUUCAAGUUACAAACAAAACUCUAGAGAUUCGGUUUCAUUGGUCUGGAAAAGGCACAACAGCAUCCCCUAGACGAGGAGUCUAUGGUCCCCUUAUAUCAGCCAUUUCUAUAGAAGCUGAGUUCAAGCAUUCCAAAACAAAUAUGGCUAUUGUAAUUGGAGUUUCAGUUGGAGCUUCGGUUUUGUGCCUGUUCUUCUUAAUUUUUGGCAUUCUUUGGUGGAAAGGCUGUCCGGUGGAUAGUCAGACAUCAAGAGAAGAAGUUCUGAGAGGACUGGAUCUGCGGACUGGCUUUUUCACCUUGAGGCAAAUUAAAGCUGCUACUAAUAACUUUGAUCCUUUAAACAAAAUUGGAGAAGGUGGUUUUGGUCCCGUAUACAAGGGUACACUUUUGGAUGGUACUAUAAUUGCAGUUAAGCAACUAUCUUCAAAAUCAAAGCAGGGAAAUCGUGAAUUUGUGAACGAAAUAGGCAUGAUCUCUUGUUUGCAGCAUCCAAAUCUGGUUAAAAUGUAUGGAUGUUGUAUUGAAGCAAACCAGUUAUUGUUGGUGUAUGAGUACCUGGAGAACAAUAGCCUUGCUCGCGCCUUGUACGGUCCAGAGGAUGAUCGUUUAAACUUGGACUGGCCUACAAGGCAGAAAAUAUGCCUAGGCAUAGCAAAAGGUCUGGCUUAUUUGCACGAGGAAUCGGCAGUGAAGGUUGUACAUAGAGACAUCAAAACUACGAAUGUGUUACUGGACCAAGACCUCAAUGCUAAGAUCUCGGACUUUGGUUUGGCCAAGCUUGACGAAGAGGAGCAAACUCAUAUUAGCACCAAGGUUGCUGGAACUAUAGGAUAUAUGGCACCGGAAUAUGCUCUAUGGGGUUGUUUGACCUUUAAAGCAGAUGUCUACAGUUUUGGAAUUGUUGCAUUAGAAAUAGUAGCAGGAAAGAACAACAUGAAAUAUCGACCCAAUGAGAACAUUCAGUGUCUUAUGGAUUGGGCCCUUGUUUUGCAACAAAAAGGGAACUUACUGGGGCUGGUGGAUCCGAGGUUGGAGUCCGAUUUCAGUAAGAAAGAGGCGAUUAGAAUGAUCAAAGUAGCUCUACUGUGCGCCAAUCCAACAGCUGGACUUAGGCCUAUCAUGUCUGAAGUAGUGAGUAUGCUUGAAGGGCGGACCACCGUGGAUGAAGUGGUUCUGGAUCCAAGUAUCCACGGUGAUGAAAUGACGAGGUUAAAAGCCUUCGAAGAGCAGUUUGAUCACAGCACUGCACAAUGGAGCUCCCCAAGUGGAAGUCAUGGCCUCAUUCGUUCAUCAGAUGCACCAUGGACCGGUUCUACUGUUACUACUGAGUCUUCAGAUCUCUAUAAAGUUUAUUCAAGUUAAGUUGAAGAUUAUCAAGUACACCAUGUUACAUAUCGUGUUUCGUAUUAGAACAUUUCUAUGAUAGUGAAUUCCAGGACUGUCCAACGUAGCACAUCGUAUGGGACUCCCCAGGCGUUGCCGCGGGCAAUGUUGUCCGUCUCCAUACUUGACCAAAAAAAAGACUCGAUCUUUUACAGAGGGCGCCAAGGCCGACCCUGCCCCUCCACCCCUGCAAGCAGUCAACUCCAAUUUUUUUUAUUUCUUCCGAAAAGUCCAACUUUUCCAUAGAUUGAUUAGAUAUUUCGAGUCCAAGACCUUUUAUUCUAGACUUUCAAUGUGUCUCCCUUAUUGUAAGAGUAAUGUUAGGUGAAUCACCUUUUUGAGUACUACUUGCAUUUCACCUUACGUGAUAGCUGAUGUGAUUGUAACACUUCUACAAUAACAAAGCGUGAAAGCCUAGCUAGCUCCUUCCCCUCAUUUAAAAGAGAAAAGGAGAUGGAAAUUCCAAUAAA